GGCGGCACUCUUGGGUCCGCCUGGGGCGGGGGGUGGCGAGCGGUUCCGAGCCGGGCCCGGCGCGGCGGCUCGUGCGGCCGAGAUGUCCCAGAUCGAAAAGAUGAGCAUUCUGGGCGUGCGGAGUUUUGGGAUAGAGGACAAAGACAAGCAGAUUAUCACUUUCUUCAGCCCCCUCACAAUCUUGGUGGGACCCAACGGGGCGGGGAAGACGACAAUCAUUGAAUGUUUAAAGUAUAUUUGUACUGGAGACUUCCCUCCUGGGACCAAAGGAAAUACAUUUGUUCAUGAUCCCAAGGUUGCCCAGGAAACAGAUGUGAGAGCCCAGAUUCGUCUGCAGUUUCGGGAUGUCAAUGGAGAGGUCGUUGCUGUGCACAGAUCUAUGUUGUGCAGUCAGAAAAGCAAAAAGACAGAGUUCAAAACCCUGGAAGGAGUCAUUACUAGAAUGAAGCACGGCGAAAAGGUCAGUCUCAGCUCUAAAUGUGCAGAAAUCGACCGAGAAAUGAUAAGUUCCCUUGGGGUUUCCAAGUCUGUGCUAAAUAAUGUCAUUUUCUGUCACCAAGAAGACUCUAAUUGGCCUUUAAGUGAAGGAAAGGCCCUGAAGCAAAAGUUUGAUGAGAUUUUCUCAGCGACAAGGUACAUUAAGGCCUUAGAUACACUUCGUCAGGUACGUCAGACACAAGGACAGAAAGUAAAAGAAUGUCAAAUGGAAUUGAAAUAUUUGAAGCAAAAUAAGGAAAAAGCUUGUGAGAUACGUGACCAGAUAACUAGUAAGGAAGCCCAGUUAACAUCUUCAAAGGAGAUUGUCAAGUCCUAUGAAAAUGAACUUGAACCAUUGAAGAACCGCCUAAAGGAAAUUGAACUUAAUCUUUCUAAAAUAAUGAGACUUGACAAUGAGAUUAAAGCCUUGGAGAGCCGGAAGAAGCAAAUGGAGAAAGAUAACAAGGAACUAGAACAGAAAAUGGAAAAGGUUUUCCAAGGGACCGAUGAGCAACUAAAUGAUUUGUAUCACAAUCACCAGAGAACAGUACGGGAAAAAGAAAGGAGAUUAGUAGACUGUCAGCGUGAAGUGGAAAAACUAACUAAGGAGUCAAGGCUUCUCAACCAAGAACAAUCAGAGCUACUUGUUGAACAGGGUCGUCUGCAACUGCAAGCUGAUCGCCAUCAAGAACAUAUCCGAGCCAGAGACUCAUUAAUUCAGUCUUUAGCAACACAGCUAGAAUUGGAUGGCUUUGAGCGGGGCCCCUUCAAUGAAAGGCAGAUUAAGAAUUUUCACAAGCUUGUGAGAGAGAGACAAGAAAAGGAAGCUGAAACUGCUAGCCAACUGAUGAAUGACUUUGCAGAAAAAGAAACUCUGAAGCAAAAACAGAUAGAUGAGAUAAGGGAUAAGAAAACCGGACUGGGAAGAAUCAUCGAGCUAAAAACAGAAAUCCUAAGUAAGAAGCAGAAUGAGCUGAAAAAUGUGAAGUAUGAGUUACAACAGUUGGAAGGAUCUUCAGACCGGAUUCUUGAGCUGGACCGGGAGCUCUCAAAAGUGGAACAUGAGCUAAGCAAGGCUGAGAAGAACAGCAAUGUAGAAGCCCUAAAAACAGAAGUAAUACGCCUCCAAGAUGAGAAGGCCGAUCUAGACAGGGGCUUGCGCAAGCUGGACCAGGAGAUGGAGCAGCUCAACCGCCAGACGACGGCCCGCACCCACAUGGAGAUGCUGACCACAGACAAGGCUGACAAAGAUGAACAAAUCAGAAAAAUAAAAUCUAGGCACAAUGACGAACUAACUUCACUACUGGGGUAUUUUCCUAACAAGAAACAACUUGAAGACUGGCUUCAUAGUAAAUCAAGAGAAAUUAAUCAGACCAGGGAUAGACUUGCCAAAUUGAACAAGGAGCUAGCUUCAGCUGAGCAAAAUAAGAAUCAUAUAAAUAAUGAACUAAAGAGAAAGGAAGAGCAGUUGUCCAGUUAUGAAGACAAGCUGUUUGAUGUUUGUGGUAGCCAGGAUUUUGAAAGCGAUUUAGGCAGACUUAAAGAAGAAAUUGAAAAAUCAUCAAAACAGCGAGCUAUGCUGGCUGGAGCUACAGCAGUUUACUCCCAGUUCAUUACUCAGCUGACAGAUGAGAACCAGUCCUGUUGCCCUGUCUGUCAGAGAGUUUUUCAGACAGAGGCUGAAUUACAAGAAGUCAUCAGUGACUUGCAGUCUAAGCUGAGGCUUGCUCCAGAUAAACUCAAGUCAACUGAAUCGGAGCUAAAGAAAAAAGAAAGACGGCGUGAUGAAAUGCUGGGGCUUGUGCCUGUAAGGCAAAGUGUAAUUGAUUUGAAGGAGAAGGAAAUACCGGAAUUAAGAAACAAGCUACAGAAUGUCAAUAGAGACAUACAGCGCCUAAAGAGUGACAUAGAAGAGCAGGAGACUCUCCUGGGAACAAUAAUGCCUGAAGAGGAAAGCGCCAAAGUUUGUCUGACAGAUGUUACAAUCAUGGAGAGGUUCCAGAUGGAACUUAAAGAUGUUGAAAGAAAAAUUGCGCAACAAGCAGCUAAGCUACAAGGGAUGGACUUGGAUCGAACUGUCCAACAAGUCAACCAGGAAAAACAAGAAAAGCAGCACAAGCUGGAUACAGUUUCCAGUAAGAUUGAAUUGAAUCGUAAGCUUAUACAGGACCAGCAAGAACAAAUUCAACACCUAAAAAGUACAACAAAUGAACUAAAAUCAGAGAAACUUCAGAUAUCUGCCAACUUGCAACGUCGUCAACAACUAGAGGAACAGACUGUGGAAUUAGCCACUGAAGUUCAGUCUUUACUCAGAGAGAUAAAGGAUGCUAAGGAGCAGGUAAAUCCUUUGGAAACAACCUUGGAAAAGUUCCAGCAGGAAAAAGAAGAGUUGAUCAACAAAAAACAAACAAGUAACAAGGUGACACAGGAUAAAAUCAGUGAUAUCAAAGAGAAGAUUAAAAACAUUCUUGGUUAUAUGAAAGACAUUGACAAUUAUAUUCAAGAUGGAAAAGACGAAUACAGGAAGCAAAAAGAAACUGAACUUGAUAAAGUAAUACUUCAGUUAAAUGAAUGUGACAAACACAAGGAAAAGAUAAAUAAAGAGAUGGGAAUGAUGAGACAAGAUAUUGAUACACAGAAGAUACAAGAAAGGUGGCUACAGGACAACCUUACCUUAAGAAAAAGAAACGAGGAGCUAAAAGAAGUUGAAGAAGAAAGAAAACAACAUUUGAAGGAAAUGGGACAAAUGCAGGUCUUACAAAUGAAAGAUGAACAUCAAAAGUUGGAAGAGAAAAUAGAUGCUAUAAAAAGAAAUCACAGUUUGGCAUUGGGGCGACAGAAAGGUUAUGAAGAAGAAAUCAUUCAUUUUAAGAAAGAACUUCGAGAACCUCAGUUUCGGGAUGCUGAGGAAAAGUACAGAGAGAUGAUGAUUGUUAUGAGAACAACCGAACUUGUUAACAAGGACCUGGACAUUUAUUACAAGACCCUGGACCAAGCAAUAAUGAAAUUUCACAGUAUGAAAAUGGAAGAAAUCAAUAAAAUUAUUCGUGAUCUCUGGCGAAGUACCUAUCGUGGGCAAGAUAUUGAAUACAUAGAAAUUCGGUCUGAUGCUGAUGAGAAUGUAUCAGCCUCUGAUAAAAGGAGGAAUUACAACUACCGUGUGGUGAUGCUGAAGGGAGACGUGCCCUUGGACAUGCGAGGACGGUGCAGUGCGGGACAAAAGGUGUUGGCUUCACUCAUCAUCCGCCUGGCGCUGGCUGAGACGUUCUGCCUGAACUGUGGCAUUCUUGCCUUGGAUGAGCCCACAACAAAUCUUGACCGAGAAAACAUCGAAUCUCUUGCCCAUGCUCUGGUUGAGAUCAUAAAAAGCCGCUCACAGCAGCGUAAUUUCCAGCUUCUGGUAAUUACUCAUGAUGAAGAUUUUGUGGAGCUCUUAGGACGCUCUGAAUAUGUGGAGAAGUUCUACAGGAUUAAGAAGAACAUUGACCAGUGCUCGGAGAUUGUGAAGUGUAGUGUCAGCUCCCUGGGGUCUUAUGUUCACUAGCUGUUUGCUUCUGGUGUCAGCUUGAACCAGUAGGGAAACGUCUUGCAUCAAAAAAAGGACCCGUGGGCUAGAGAGAUGGCUUAGCGGUUAAGCGCUUGCCUGGGAAGCCUAAGGAUCCCAAUUAAAGGCUCGAUUCCCCAGUACCCACGUUAGCCAGAUGCACAAGGGGCCGCAUGU